UCACCUGAAACCUACUCGAAGUAUCAGGAUAUGGAUUAGCCCCCGUCCCUCUCAAUCCCGAUCGAGAAAAAAUCACUCCCCCUCUGCUUCAUCUUCUUCCCUCAUAACUUUACCCCACUUCUUAUCUCUCUUUAAAACCCUAACCCUAAUUUCUCGAAAUCUCGGUGGAAUCGAUCGAUGGCGAACGUUUCUUGGGCGAAUCCUUACUCCUGCUGCUGCUUUUCUUCUUCCUCAUCUGCUGCUGCUACUUCUCCAUUGUUGUUCAAUGCUAAACCCUCAGGUUCCCCUUCGUUUCCCCCUCUCCACUCAAAUUUCCUCGGUCAAAAUCAAAUUUUUAUCGCAAACAAGCUGAAGCUGAGCUCACAAUGCAAGAACGGAGGCUCCGUCGCCGUCCAAAUGUCCUGGGAUGGCCCCCUCUCCGCCGUGCGAUUGAUCGUUCAGGGAAAGAACUUAGAUUUGACGGAUGCAGUGAAGAAGCACAUUGAGGAUAAAGUGGGCAAGGCCGUGCAGAAGCACUCUCACCUCGUCAGAGAGGUUGAUGUACGCCUCUCAGUCCGCGGUGGCGAAUUUGGUAAAGGCCCGAAACAACGGAAAUGCGAGGUCACUCUGUUUACCAAGAAACAUGGGGUUAUUCGAGCUGAAGAGUCCUCAGAGUCGGUGUAUGGGAGUAUAGAUUUGGUUUCGUCCAUUAUACAGAGGAAAUUGAGGAAGAUUAAGGAGAAGGAAACAGAUCAUGGGAGGCAUAUGAAGGGAUUUAACAGGCUUAAGGUCCGGGAGCCGGAGAUUGAAUUAGUUGAGGAGAGUGAGAGUGAGGAGGAGGAGGAAGAAGAAGGGGAUGUGCAACUGCUUCCAACAGGAGAUGAUGGGGGCAUCUUGGAUGAGGUUGUACGUACAAAAUACUUCGAUAUGCCUCCACUGACUGUUGCUGAAGCAUUGGAGCAGAUAGAGAACGUUGAUCAUGAUUUCUAUGGCUUCAGAAAUAUUGAAACAGGUGAAGUAAAUAUUUUGUACAAGAGAAAAGAGGGAGGAUAUGGCUUGAUUAUUCCUAAAAAAGAUGGCAACAAAGUGCAGGACCUCGAAACCAGGGUAACAGAUGCUGCAAUAGAGCCCCAUGUUGCAGAACAAAUAAGUGGGUAACAUCAUGGUAGAAACUUUCUUAAAAAAAUUGUAUAUCUCUCAAGUUUCUAAAAAAUUCCCCAUGUUGAUUACUGAUGAAUAUUAGGAGAUCAUUACAGCUUUCGCACUCAUCAGCUGUUACUAAUUUGAAUUGUGAGCCUCAUCUUUGCAUCUCUUCACUAUAGGGGAUACAUUUUGUUGGAAAUGUUAUAAUAUUUCAUUUUGAUAUAUACCUAGUAUUUCUUGUCC